AGGCAGAGAUGGAGCGGGGACUGGUCCUCCUGCUGGCCGUCACUACAGCGUCUGGGUGUGGCGUGCCCACUUACCCGCCCGACACCGGCCGGGUGGUGAACGGGGAUGAAGCUCGACCCUACAGCUGGCCCUGGCAGGUGUCUUUGGAGUCUUUCUUCCCCACUUGUGGAGGAACCCUUAUCGCUCCUAACUGGGUCCUGACUGCUGCACACUGCAUCACAUUCCACACGUACAGGGUUGUACUUGCGGAGCAUGACAUGAACGAGGAGGAGGGACCUGAGCAGUCCAUCAUGGUGGAGAAAAUGUUCAUUCAUCCCAAAUGGAACGACAACUGCGUGUCUUGUGGGAACGAUAUUGCCUUGCUUCGACUGGAGAGGAGCGCCGUAGUCAAUGAUAAGGUGCAGCUGGCGUGUCUGCCACAGCAUGGUGCUGCUCUCACACACAAUCAGCCCUGUUAUGUCACCGGCUGGGGUCGACUCUCCUCGGGCGGCCCGCAGGCCGCCACCCUGCAGCAGGCCCUGCUUCCCGUCGUGGGUCACAGCGUCUGUAGUCGAAGCGACUGGUGGGGGAGCUCAGCCAAGACGACCAUGGUCUGUGCAGGAGGAGAAAGCCAGUCGGCGUGCCAUGGAGACUCCGGCGGUCCUCUGAACUGCAGGGGCAGAGACGGCAGAUGGUACGUCGAAGGCGUGACCAGCUUUGUGGACGGCCGUGGAUGCAACACCCCUCAGAAGCCCACCGUCUUCACCCGGGUGGCGUCUUUCAUCCCCUGGAUCAGCGAGGUGACAAUCUGA